GGGGCGGGAGACUGAAGAAGACCCUGCCCACAAAGACAAACAUUUGAGACACCUUAUUCCGUGGACAGCCUAAAGAAGAGACAGCAGGAACAUCUCUGUAGUCAUAGGCUUUAGGCUGGGCAAAGAGAGAUAAACACUUAAUUUUGGAUAAUACAAAAUUAUGGAGGAAGAAAUACAGCAACCUGAAUGUGCUGCGGAGAAAACACAAUGUGACAAGAAUAACAACAGCCAGAUUGCGCUGAAGGAAAACAUACCUUCAAAGACAGAAGAAGAGACAAGCGAAGACAAGGAAAGAGAGAGCAAGAAGGAUGGAGAGAGAGAAGAAAUAAGGGAAGAAACAAAAUGUCUAGAUGAAAAAAAACAUACUGAAUCUCAUGAAGGUGAUGCUGAACAACAUAGCCAAGAUAGCACAACUGACAAUGCAACUGCUGACAACACAGACUGUAAUAUAAGAACAGAGGAGGAGGCUAAGAAAGAAAAACAAGAGGAAAGUGAAACAAAAGAAGAAAAUACAUCAACUAAUAAUGAGGAAAAAGUGAAGGAGGCCGCAACAAAUAAAACAGAGAAGAAAAAAGCAAGCAAAGGCAAAGAUACAGAAGUAAAAUCAGAUGUAAAUAAAAAGGGAAGCACAGAAGAGAUGGAAAAACCAGCAAAGAGGAAAUCUGGACCGUCUGCUGCCUCUCUUGCUGCCCUGAGUCGGCCCCGCCCCUCGGCACGCUCCAUCCGUGCAUCCGCUAAAAAGGACCUCAUCGCCAAGUUCCAGCAAGGAGCACCAGAAACACCAGUCCAACGCAACUUUAAACUCCAGAAGUCUGCCACAGCUGGGGCCACAGGGGCUUCAAUCAAACAGAAAAUACUCCAGUGGUGUAUCAACAAAACUCGCAAAUAUGAGGGGGUGACCAUAGAGAACUUUUCUUCGUCCUGGUCUGAUGGGAUAGCGUUUUGUGCUCUUAUCCAUCGUUACUUCCCUGAGGCCUUUGACUUCAGCUCCCUGAAUCCAAAAGAGAGAGAGAAGAACUUCACACUGGCCUUCCAAACUGCUGAGACUUUGGCUGACUGCUGCCCCCUUCUGGACGUGUCUGAUAUGCUCAUGAUGGGCAACCACCCUGACCCCAUGUGUAUCUUCACCUAUGUUCAGUCACUCUGCCACAGCCUGUCCAAGAUAGAGAAACAGAGAAAAGAGAAAGCUGAAAAAGAGAAAGCUGAAAAGAAGGAGGAAGAAGGGCCACAAGAGGAGGAAGAGCCAGAGGACAGUGAGACCACAGAGGGUCCAGAGGAGACCCCAGUUAUUAAUGAAAGUUAUGAGGAAAGCUGUGAAAAGGAGGAAAAUGUGUCAGCAAGUGAAGAGACUGAUACUCAGAAAAUGGUAGAAGGGGAAUCCUAGAGUUAUUAGGAUCUUAUUUAACUAGAUUUAUGCUAUGUGGUCUAAACUGCUGUAUUUUGCCCUGUGCACAAGUUUGUAGACAGUAUUAUUAUUAUUGAUAAUGUGGGUUUUAUUCACUGCAAUUGUAUGUUGACACAAAUGUUUAAAAUUGCUGUACUUUAGGAUUGGUUACAUGAUUUGAAGUAAAGUGGGUGUUACAUAUUUCAUAUAUAUAUUGCAUUUGACAAUAGUAGUGUGUUUUAGACACUGGGGUGACUUGUAAACACAAAUGUGAAAUGUUACUAGUUUAUUAUUAAAUUGAUUUGAAAAAUUA